AACUCCCUCCAUGUCCAAAAUUCUCUGGCUCUCCCUCUCCCUCUCCAACCAAGGUUGAGCAAAAGGGCACGCCUUGAUAUCUCAGCAAUGCAGAUUAGAUUAUCUGAUGUCUGACCAUCGACAUAUGGAUACCGAUCAAGGUGGCAGUUGGAUCUCAGCUUCUCUCUGAGUUUGUAAUUAGGACUUGCUAUUAUGUGAACAAUCUCAAUACGAUGUUUGACUGUGGUUACAAGUCGCAGUAUAUCGGAGGCCAAAGAGAGAAGUUUGUAAGGUUGGAUGAUUUGGAUUCUACAGUAUCAGUGCCAUCUCACGCUAGUGGGAUGAAAGGACAUGGCUUCAAUAUUGCGGGACUGCUCCAUACCGGUCAUGUGCGAAACAACACGUCAAAAUCAUUCAGAGUAGGAGUGAAAAAGGGCUCGGAAGGACUUAGGGCGUUUGGUAAAUCAAUUAGAUUCGGGGUCACCCGUGCAGUGUUCCCGGAAGAGCUCAAAGUAUCUGAGAAGAAUAUAUUUGAUCCCCAAGACAAGUCCCUUCAGUUCUGGAACAAACUCUUUGUCAUGUCAUGUAUUCUUGCAGUGUCCGUCGAUCCUCUGUUUUUCUAUCUUCCUGUGUUCAAUACAUCGAAUUGCCUCGGCAUAGAUAAAGGGUUAGCAGCUCUAAUUACAACGGUCAGGACAAUUCUCGAUGUCUUUUACCUUAUUCGAAUGGGUUUCCAGUUCCGAACUGCGUACAUUGCACCAUCAUCACGAGUUUUUGGACGAGGUGAACUUGUGAUUGAUCCUGCACAGAUAGCUAUGCGCUAUUUAAAGCGCUAUUUUAUUGUGGAUCUCCUAGCUGUUAUACCAGCACCACAGAUUGUGGUGUGGAAAUUUCUUCAGAGAUCAAAAGGUUCAGAAGUGCUGAACACCAAGCAUGCACUGUUAAAUCUAGUCUUCGUUCAAUAUAUUCCAAGGUUUGUCCGCUUUAUACCUCUUACAUCGGAAGUCAAGAAGACAGCAGGUGUUUUCGCCGAAAGUGCUUGGGCUGGGGCAGCAUAUUAUCUACUUUGGUACCUGCUAGCUAGUCAUAUAUUCGGGGCUUUGUGGUACUUACUAGCUGUGGAACGUAAGGACACGUGCUGGCAGAAAGCCUGUGCUGAAACAGGACCCAAAUGCAUGAAAGAAUUUUUGUACUGUGGCAAUAAACAUAUGUCAGGAUACGAAGAGUGGAGAGAAAUCAUGGAAGAUGUUCUCGGAAAAAAAUGCAAUGUUGCAGAUGAGAAUUUGCCAUUCAACUUUGGAAUAUAUACUCAGGCUAUGUCUUCUGACAUAGUUUCAUCGAGGAACUUCUUCUCGAAAUUUUUCUAUUGUCUGUGGUGGGGCCUGCAGAACUUGAGUACCCUCGGGCAGGGGCUCAAAACGAGCACAUGCUGGGAAGUCCUCUUCUCCAUUGCGCUGGCAAUUUCUGGCCUCAUUCUCUUUGCACUUCUGAUUGGAAAUAUGCAGACCUACCUUCAGUCUCUGUCCAUCCGUCUGGAGGAAAUGAGGAUAAAGAGGCGGGAUUCUGAGCAAUGGAUGCAUCAUCGGUUGCUUCCACAGGAUCUCCGAGAACGAGUUAGGCGUUACGAUCAAUACAAGUGGUUGGAAACACGUGGAGUCGAUGAAGAGAGCUUGGUCCAGAGUCUACCGAAGGACCUGAGGAGGGACAUUAAGAGGCAUCUGUGUCUGAAUUUGGUUAGGAGGGUUCCUCUAUUUGCCAAUAUGGAUGAGCGCUUACUUGAUGCGAUCUGUGAGCGGCUCAAGCCGAGUUUGUACACUGAAAGUACAUACAUAGUGAGGGAAGGGGACCCUGUCAAUGAGAUGAUGUUCAUUAUACGUGGAAGACUGGAAAGCGUGACCACCGAUGGUGGGAGGAGUGGAUUUUAUAACAAAGGAUUCCUGAAAGAAGGUGACUUUUGUGGAGAGGAACUUCUGACCUGGGCAUUGGACCCUAAAGCAGGUUCCAAUUUGCCUUUGUCAACUCGGACUGUGAGCGCUUUGACAGAGGUGGAGGCAUUUGCUUUGGAAGCAGAAGAAUUGAAGUUUGUUGCGAGUCAGUUUAGGCGACUCCACAGUAGACAGGUUCAACACACAUUUCGAUUCUAUUCACAGCAAUGGAGGACUUGGGCUGCCUGCUUUAUACAAUCUGCAUGGCGGCGUUAUACAAGAAGGAAAAAUGCUGAGCUUCGGCGUCUUGAAGAGGAAGAGGAGGAGGAGGAAGACUACAGUGAAGACUACAGUGAAGAUGACGAUGACGAUGACGAUGAUGUGAGAGCUUUAGUUGGUCAGCGUUCGUUUGGACCUAAUUCAUCGACUUUUGCUGCAACAAUACUCGCAUCUCGCUUUGCAGCUAAUGCUCUUCGGGGCCACAGACUGCGAAGUUUGUCAAGUGCCAAGGGGGUAGCAAAAUUACAGAAGCCCCCGGAACCUGAUUUCACUGCUGAUGCGGAGUAAUGUUUUGAGUAUCCUAGAAGAUGGAAAUAGCAAAGUCGAUUCGCUCAUUAGGGUGGUUCUACCAUGUAAAUUGAUCGCUACACCCAAGUGUAAAAUUUGGAGCCAAGGCAAGAGUCUGAUGGUGAAACACCUGAUUACAUUAAUGGUCACAGAAGGAUGAAGCUCAA